AUGUUGAUCAGCCUCGAUGGGAGCUGCAUACUUGCCGCAGCCUAUAUCUUGGGCAUUGGUUUGCACCAAACAAUCUUUCGAUACGGGGAGUGGGACCUGCAUUCGUUCAAGAUACUAGUCGCCUUCAGUGUUGUCCCGAUAUUCUUGGGGACGUUUCUCCAAAGUUUCCAUCUUCCCUCAAGGGGGAAAACGACCUGGGAAAGCCUUGAAUACUCGUCUGUGUUAGUCUUCAUCGCAAUUUGUGGUAUAUUUUCGAGUAUUUCUGUCUACCGGGGUUGGUUUCACAGACUGAACGAAUUCCCUGGUCCUUUUUUGGCUCGAUUUUCCACCUUCUACAUGACGUUUGUCAACAUAGCAGAAGCUAGAGGUUUCAAAACUACUCAAGCACUUCACUCCAAGUAUGGAGAUAUUGUCAGAGUCGGCCCCAGGGAGCUGUCUGUUGCCAAUCCAGAAGCUUUCCGUGCGAUUCACCUAUCAUCGUCCUGUGGAAGAGGACCGUGGUACAAUGUGACUGCUCCUAUGAUUUCCUUGCAAAUGGAGCGCGAUGUGAAAAGACACGGGGAGAGACGCAGAGCCUGGGAUAAGGCAUUUGAUAAUCGGGGUAAGCCAGAUUCCCAAACUUACAAGAAGAACAAACAGCUUAGAGCUAUGCUAAUUCCGAUGUGUCUGUCAGCCCUGGGCGAUUAUAUGACUCGUGUAAACGCUCACACCGAAAAUUUCUGUGCCGCAAUAGAGGACAGUGUGAAGAACAACACCUCACUCAACGUGACCAAAUGGAUACAUCUCUACAGUUUUGAUAUUAUGGGAGACCUAGCCUUUGGAAGCAGCUUUGACAUGCUUCAGAGCGGCACCUUCCAUUACUUUUUCAACUUGACGCACAAGACUCUGGAACUGAUUGCUAUAUUUAGUCGACUGGUCUGGCUAUUUCCCGUGGUCAAGGCGGUUCCAUUCCUCAGUAACGACUACAAGUCGUUUCGUAAGUGGGUCGGUUCUCACGUUCAAAGGCGCAUUGCAGUUCCACCGCCCGUAAGGGAUAUUUUCUCAUGGAUUCUUAACGACUAUCAGCGAAAGCAAAAUCCUUCAUGGCAGGAUACUGAGAAUCUUUACGGCGACGCAUCGCUCAUUGUCAUUGCGGGAAGCGAUACUGUCGCGGGUACUUUGAUCUGUCUUUUGUAUCAUUUGGCUUCUAGCCCGGAUGUAUGCAAGAAGCUAAGGGACGAAUUGCAUUCCUGUGCAAAGGAAAGAGCCGAUACGGAAUUGAGGCCUGACGAGCUUGCUAAGCUUCCUUAUUUACAGGCUUGUAUCGAUGAAACUCUCCGUCUUUGGCCAGCUGUUGUGGACGGGCUGCAACGAGAGACGCCCCCUGAAGGUCUGACAAUUGGCACCGAGAAAAAGAGCACUUGGAUUCCUGGAAAUGUGAUCAUCAAAACGCCUUCAUAUACUCUCUGUCGAGAUCCACGAGCGUUUUCUCGGCCUGAUGAGUUUAUACCUGAGCGCUGGACGACUGAACCAGAGCUCAUACUCGAUGCAUCUGUUUACGCACCUUUCUCUCUUGGGCGUUUCUCCUGUGUUGGUAAGCGGCUAGCAAUGGUGAUGAUGAGGCGAUUCAUCAGUUCCAUAAUUCUGCGCUAUGAACUGGAGGUUCUGUUCAAAUCAGCUCAAGACGCCUUCGAACGGCAGGUGAAAGAGUAUUUUACUCUAACUCCUCCUGACUUGCAAAUUCGUUUCAUCAAGGGACAGAAGGGAUGA